ACAAGUCAACUCCACCAUUAUUUCAACUCUGGCCGACGUUUUACGCCAAAAUUCCCCCACCUGCUCGCUUUCUGCUUUGUCCCAUUCCCCAAUUUCCUUCCAAAUCAGUGUGCUUUCAAUUCCCCCUUUUUCCUCUUGAUUCUAAUUCUUUUCGUUUCACAUGACCUGAUUUAUUUGAUCCUUUGAUCGAAAUUCGAUUCUGCUUCUAAAUCUCUUUCAGUCAUUACAUCGAACUUUUGGUGGGCAUUCGAAAUGAGGACCAAAACAGCGCAAAAUCAAAGCAAAUUCAUCCGAUUCGUUACACUACCCAUCAGAGCUUUAGGCAAGGCCAAGGAUUUCUAUGUAAGAAGCAUCAUGGAUUGUGCUCCAAGAGUCUCUCAUGGCUACCCAUCUGGCCAAUUGCCCGUCUUGCCCAAAAGCUACAGCUCUCGCUCUUGCAGAUCCAAUGAAACCGACGAUUUCAGAGAGCUUGUUAAGGCCGCUUCCGUUAGAAGCUUGGACAUUAAAGAUAUCGAUGCCGAUAUUCUUUAUCCACAGAGGCUAAAACAGUCCAAAGGGCUGCCCAAAAGUUGCAGUGUUGGAAUGGGUAGGAUUGAUGAGGAUACUGCUUGUGAAUUUGAAGAUGGCGUUGAAGAUAAGGCUGAUUUGGUUUAUCCAAGAAGUAAAAGCUACGCUGUGACGAAUUCAAAACCUGGGUUUUGAUUUUCAAUUCCCCUGUUCUUCAAAUUAUUCUCAAACAGUUCAAUUUUUUGAAUGAUUGGGAAUCAAAAAAGGAGGAAUUUCCUUGGAGACUUUGAGUCUUUGAUCAUGCUGUUCUUCUGUGUUCAUGUAAAUAUUAUGUGUUACCAUCCACACCCAAGUCAUUUUUGCCUUUUCCCUUUUUUCAGUUGGAGUAAAUUAGUAGUCAAGAUAUUCAAAAUAAAAAUUCUCGUUUCUCUUUGGAAUAUUUAUUCUAAA